CUCCUCCUCCUCCUCCACCCUGGACAUUUCCCUCCUCUUUCUCUCCCCCCCUCCUCCUCCCAACCAAAGGAUCCCCAGGGUCUGUGGGAUUGUUAGAUGGAAAGCCGGUCCAUCAUCACCCAAGUGCAGAGGGACGAAGCCUUGGUGCUUUCAAAACAAGUCUUGGUGUCCAGAUCCUCCCCAAAGAAGCCUCGCGGCCGGAAUAUCUUCAAGGCGCUUUUCUGUUGCCUCCGUGCACAGAAUGUUGGGCAGACGGCCUUUGGCGGAGAGCAUGGCCCGCACAAGGAGGAGACCAGCACCAUUGCCAAGUCUGAUCUGUUGCAGUGUCUUCAAUACCAGUUUUACCAGAUUCCUGGAACGUGUCUUCUCCCUGAGGUGACUCAGCAGGACAAGGGCAGAAUCUGUGUGGUGAUCGAUUUGGAUGAGACCCUCGUGCACAGUUCCUUCAAGGUUUAUGUUCUGAAGAGGCCGUUUGUAGACGAAUUCUUGAGGCGGAUGGGGGAGCUGUUUGAGUGCGUGUUGUUCACGGCCAGUCUGGCUAAGUAUGCUGAUCCGGUAACUGACCUGCUGGACAAGUGUGGAGUCUUCCGAACCCGUCUCUUCCGGGAGUCGUGUGUGUUUCACCAGGGCUGUUACGUUAAGGAUCUCAGCCGGCUGGGUCGUGACCUACGCAAGACUCUAAUCCUGGACAACUCCCCUGCCUCCUAUAUCUUCCAUCCGGAGAACGCUGUGCCGGUGCAGUCCUGGUUCGACGACAUGGCGGACACAGAGCUGCUGAACCUCAUCCCAAUUUUUGAGGAGCUGAGCGCUGCAGAGGACGUGUAUACCAGUCUUGGCCAGCUGAGGGCGCCCUAAGGCCCUCCCAGCCCUAUAACCCACAGGGGAACUUUUAUUUUCACUCAGUGCCUUCAGUAGUGGCCUGGAGGGUUGGGGGGGAAACCAUGGUGGUGUUUCUCCCCUUGACCCCACCGAAAGGCGGAUGCAAGGACUUUGGAGGCAAUAACCUGCCUGGCCACCCAACGGGGCAGGGCUGGUGCGUUUUGCAACCCAGGGUAUUGCUUAGACCGGUGAACCUCUGGCCUCUUCCAUUCAACAGCACGGACAUACAGGACAGACACCCCAUCCCCCGCUGGCUCUCGUAUCUAUGCACUGUGAGGAGACAGGGAGCGGUUGAGAGGCUGUGCCAUUCCCCCCCUGCGCUACGAUUCUUUCCCUCACCCUUUCAUUGGCUGCAGGAUUUUUAGUUAGCGUGUGGCUCAUCUCUCUCCCCCCCCCCCAGCAAGGCCAAACAGUUUGGCUGAAGAUUUUGAAAGCUCUCUGCGUCCUGCUUCCCUCGAGAGCAUGGCCUAAACCCAGGCCUUGAGAUGCAGCCGUGCGAGGCCUAGCGUUUCUACCUUUUCCUCACCUCAUGGUCAAGGCAAGGCACCUAUCCAAGCUCUCCAGUGCUUCUGCCCCAGCCAGGUGACCUCGUGUGGUAUCCUUUCCUUCAAGCGGCAAUCUCUUGAAGGAAUAGGAGGGGGGAGGGGCUUUCCUUGUUUUCGAUGCCUGCCUACAGGCGAGGAAGCUUCUUCCAGCUCCAGCCAUUUUUGUGAGGUCUCCGGUUUCACCUCCCUUCAGAAUAGCCGAGCUCACCCUUUCAGGGCCCUGGGCCCUUAGUUAUGCCAUGGACAUUGGGGAAACCCAGUGAGUUUCAAUACAUUACCGUGUACUUCAGCUAUGCCUCCCGGUUGAAGAGCAGUGUCCUCGUCCAUCCCCCUGAAGCACUUCCUACAUCAAAACAGUGUUGCAGCAUGAAGUCACAGUAUCAGUCUGGGCUGCUGACUUACCGGCUAGCACCCCACUCCCCCAGCUACACUCCAUCUUAGUUUCAGAGUUGCAUUACAGGUAUUCCCAGGUUCCUGCCCUAGCAUUACUUCUUGGGGAGGCCAAGCAAUAGCUCUGCCUUAAAAACUGCUCCUGAUUUGCAAGCCACCUCACUGUCAUGGGACUGUCGCAGUGCUGUCAGUUCUUCCAUUCUUGUUUGGUGCGGGCGCUGGCCCACGACACAGGACGGGACUUUUGCCCACCGCCAGAUGAGACUUUUGCCCACCGCCGGCUUCCCUGCCGCUCGCUUACCUCCUCCGAUGGGGCCCGGGCACACUGGACGUGGCAACCUGCUUCCCUCUCAGGACUCCUUCCAGGCUCCAUCGCCGUCACUUGAAAGCCCAGCCCUUCGGGUGGCCUCAGGGAAUAAUGGACUCGUGUCUUAGAAGAAGCGGCGUGUGUGUGUGUGUGUCGUUUCUGGCGUGCACGCAGUCCGGUCCACACCGAUCGCCUUGAGUCUCUGGGGGAGCCAGAGGAGAUGUUGCGCCUCACUUGGUGUUUCUGUGCCCUGAAGCUGCUGACAGCGAGUGAACGUGCCUCAUAAUCUUUUGGGGAGUUGGGGUCAGGCCUUAUUUGAGGACUAGGCCCCAGAGACCUGGCUGGGCCGGCCUGCGUGCAUCUUUCAUCUUCUGCUGCAUUUUCUUGGGAGACCAAAUGCAGACCGGGGCGGGGGGUGGUGGUGGUUAGUUGUGAUUGUUGUUCAUGUUUCUAUGCCAGAGGGGGCUUUCCUCAGCCACCUUUUCUUCUCCUUCCCACCUGUGCUGGAGUAUGGUACGGUCUGCCUUUCCUGGUCUCACCCUGCUGUGUUGUGAGCAAACGCUUUCAAAGUGCCAUGUUGGGGGGGGGGGAUAACGGGACAAUGAAAUACGACACUAAGCCAGCUUGCUGUUCUUUCCCCCUUUCCCUCCCGUAAGCAAUACGCUGCAAGUGACUCCGUGUUUAGCAUUUGGGGCUGGGGAGGGAGUCAGACACGGCACUUCAGGGCUGCUCCCUCCCCACCCACCCUCUAUCUUCUCUGGUGCUGCUGCCGACUCACUGGCUCGGCUCCCGUGGGGAGGGGAGCUGUUGAUCACCUGGAUACGGGAUGCUCUAGAGGACCAAACAUUUAAGAUUUGUUAUCGGUCAGGUGAGCGGAGUAGCUCCUAGCCUGGCCAAAGUGCUGCUUGAAGUUUCAUCGUAGUUUUAAGUGUUCUGAUUGGCUACUAGUCGACUUCUGACUCUUGGGUGUGCCCGUGCAACAUGUGUGUGUGUGGGGGGCUAGGCCUCAACCGAUGUAUGAGAGGAAUCUGCUGCCACCACCUGCUUCCUCCACGACCCCACACCUGACCCUCUCUUUGCCUCAGUUGCUGGGGUAGGGGCGGGUGUCUCCAACUCUGCCAAGCAGGGGGGGGGGAGUUUCUUUUUCUAGUUCAAUAAGCUGCUGUUUCUCUCCAAGGCAGAAACAGACCUUUGAACUGUUGCAAGGUUAAUGAGUGCAGGGAAGAACAAAAGCCUGUUGUGUCUCCUUCCUGGUUGGGCCCGUGGUCACAACUGAGGCGUUGCCUUCUGUCAGCUGAAGAGAAAUUGCCUCUUUUCUGCCCCUCCUGUCUGCUGGCAGCGGUAUGGACCUCUUGGCCAAUGUAAAACUGGCUGAGAGGUCCUUCACCGGGCUAAGCGUCAAGGCUUCCAUCUGAGGGGAAAGGUUACAUGAGCACAUGACACACUCCCAACGGUGUUGUUCACUCCUAGAUAGCCAGAAAAUGUCGUACCCUUGGCAGGCCCACCCCAGCAUCAAAUAUUGGGCUAAUGUUAGACUGAGGUAACCAGGGUGUCCCCUCUCCCCUUCUCAAAAUAACAUGGUGAAUCCAUGCCACUAAUGUGUGGCGGGAUCUUCAUGAAACAUUUUUUUAAAAAAAAAAUCUGAAGGAGUUCAACGCAAGAUUAACUUGGAUACCGCCACUGUUUUGUAUAAACUUGUUCUGUCAAAAAUAUGGCGGGGAAGAGUUCGUCAGGUGGUGGAUCUCUUCAGAUGAUCCCACUGGGGGAGGGGGAGACUUGGUUGGGUGAAUUCACUCUUAAGAGGCCACUUGUCUCCUUAUCCUAACACAUAUCCACACACACACACACAUAUUCUGACGGUCAGGCUGACAAAGCCCUUGUUUAAUAGCCAUAAAUGAUGAACCUGGGUCCAAUUGCCAAUGUUGGGAUUGUGCCUUGAUCAAACCCAGCUGGUGGGGUUUAGGGUAAAACAGCCAGCCGAGAGGCGACCCUAGCACUUAUCAAGGGAGGUGCCUUUUGUAGGGGGGUACCUGACUCACCCUCCACCAAAGCUACCCCGUUUGCUGUCUGUUCCUCUUGCUUCCUGGUAAGGUUUGGUGCCCCGUUUUAUACUGAGAGUUGUGGCUGGUGGUGUUUUUAGUAACCAAGCCCUGGGCUUCCUCUUCUCUCCCCAUCUCACAGAAGCGUAAAGACAUCGGUUGCCUUUGUGACAUGUUCUCACUUGCUGGGGUUUUUUGUUGUUGUUGUUUUUUUUAAAAAAAACUAUUUUAAUUGAAAAAAAACCCCUCAAAACUUGAAGCCGGUGCUGCCGCCGUUUCGAUCUUUUUCUAUUUUUGGAAUCUUUGUAUUAACUGCAAUUUAAAAAAUAA